ACAGUUUGUUAAAAAAUGUUUAAAAAAAAUCUUACAAUGGAGUCUACAGAGUCCUCUGGCGGGAAAAAGGCGAAAUCUCAGAGGGAUGCUUCGCCCCGGGUUAAUCCAGAUGCCAUUAGACGAGGGACCGUCCUGCCCUCCAUCAUGAGGCCGAACAUGAACCUCCUGCCCUUGAAGGUUACCCUCUUCCUCUUCAACGGAGCAACCUUCGCCCUUCAGCCUUAUCUUACCAUACACAUGAAGGAUAUAGGAAUAAACGAUGUGGAUAUCGCUCUUAUGUAUGCUAUUCUACCGUUCUCAGUUUUCAUAGGUCCCCCGAUUGUUGGGUUCUUUGCUGACAAGUUAGGGAAUUAUAUGCGGGUUCUUCUCCUAAAUAUUGUCGGCUGUGCAGUAUUCCAUACUCUUCUCUUAGCUGUUCCCACCAACCUUCAUAGGGUUCAUUAUCCAAACACUACCCUGAGUAUGGUUGGAAGAAACGUAAACCUAACCUGGGCUAAAUGUGCAGGAAAGGGGAAUGGUUGUACGCAUAUCAGGAACCCUGAAGAAGAAGAUGAAGAUCCUAUUCCAAUCUAUUUUGAACUAAACCAUUGUAACUAUAAUUGCACCAACUCUAAAUAUGAUAUUGAGAAAACUCUGGAGGAGUACAAGUUCCUCGGACUAUCCAUGACUAUCGAGGAUGUUAUCUGCAAUCAUAUUGGAAGAAAACACUGCAAGGUUUGGCCAGGAACAAACAGAAUAGAAUUUAUCAGAAUUAAUUCAAACGUCAGUGGGAACUAUGAAUGUGGAAGAGCAGAUAUUGCAUUCUACACUGACUCCGAUCCUUGUAUUACAAACAAUAUAGAGGAUGAGAUGCCCCUGGGUAUAAUGAACAGUUGUUCAAUGGAUUGUCAGGUUCGAACCAAUCUGGUGGAAGAGUGCGGGGCUACGGACAAGGGAAGUAGAUUAAUUACAAACGGGAUCUAUUUCAUUUUCAGGAUGUUGGCUUCCAUGUGCCUGGCUUGCUGUUUUACAUUGCUAGAUGCUCAAACUAUUCGAAUGUGUGACCUGGAGGAAAAACACGGAAAAAAGGGAGCAUAUGGUCGCCAGAUUCUUUACAGAACCUUAGCUCAGGCUGUUAUUUCACCAUCUGUGGGAGCUCUUAUGGACUAUAUUUCGGCCAAGGAGGGAAGUCCGGAUUAUUUAGCGCCUUUCAUUAUUCACAAUAUUCUCCUGGCGUUCUCAGUCAUCUCUAUAUACAAGACUACUAUGGACCUAGAGCUGUCUACGGACGAGGACAGCAUGAUCGGGAUCAGGUUUAUCUUCACCAACCCGGAGAUUCUUCUCUUCCUGGUCAUGAUGUUCGUCUGCGGAGUGAUGUACGGGUUCGUCGAGACUUUCCUCUUCGUCUUUCUCAAGGAGGAUCUUCAUGCUCCAAUAUUCCUACUGGGAUUAACGAUCACUACUGGAGCUGUAGUAUCUAUACCGUUCCUUUACUACUCAGAUAACAUUGUUAAAAAGGCUGGAUGUGAUAGAGUGAUAGUUUUUGCACUUCUUAUGUACGCUGUCAGAUAUGUCGGCUAUUCCUUUGUCCGUUGUGCCUGGUAUGCUUUUCCGUUUGAGGCUCUUGAAGUUUUCACUUUCUUUUUCUUACAGGUCGGAGCUGCGGAGUUUAUUAGAACCAGGGCCCCUGAAGGACUUCUAGGGACUCUUAGUGGACUUAAAGGAGGUUGCCAUGAUGGAUUUGGAAGAGGAUUUGGGGGACUUGUAGGUGGUGUUCUUAUUGAAUCUACAAAAAGCACACACAAGGCAUUCUGGUAUUUCGGUGUAUCUGCUUUUGUGUGUAGUAUUUUAUUCGCUAGUUUUGUUUCUCUAUUUAUGGUGAAAAAAAACAUAGUGAAAAGGAACAAAAGCAGAAACUCAUCCAAAGAAGAGAAAGAUAAAGUGGGUGAAAAAGAUGAUGAAAUCAAAUCGUUUCUAGGAAACGAGGGGGAUGUAGAAUUGAAGAACAUGAGAGAUCCUGAAAAAAUAUCCAGAUCCGAAGAUGAUAAAGCUAUCAAUGGAAAAGCUGAGGAUGAGAAUGAAGAAAGGGUGGCAGCCAUUUCUCUUGUUGGGAAUCAGUCUAAAACAGUUGAAACCUCAGAAGGAAAGGAAAAUUCGGGAAACCCUCCUCACAUAGAACCCAUCAUUCAGUCUAAUUAGUCCAGUCAUUACUCAUUAGUCUAGCAGAACAUUUCUCUUGCCGUCAAUUAUUGUUGAUAAAAUUAACUAUGAACUAUUACAUGUGGUCUGAGCUGAAAAUUUUAGAAUGUUGGAUUUUGAAAUCAAUGCUGGAUCUCCUCUUUUUCUAAAUCACCAAAUUAAAUAAUGCGUGUUCAUCUUCUUGUUAUCAAUCUCCAGAUUAAUUAACCGGACGGGAUUAGGAUAUCCCAUUUUAAAUUUUUCGGUUCAGCUUCUUCAUUUAGUUAUUAAGAUAGAGAUUGUUCAUACUUUUUAGGCAUAUCUACAAUUCUUUCAGUUAAUCAUGUUGCCUGUACACUUGUGACAUAAUAAACAUUAAAAAUCAAAUUUCAAAUCAAAUUUUAAAGUUUCCAUCCUUAUCUUAAGAAAUCUAGCUCCCCCACCAUAUUUCUCGACAUACACAAUUACACAUCAAUACAUUAAUGGCAAAAUCUAAUUAAAAUUUUGCUUUCUAACCAGUUGCAUACAAAAUUGUAAACAGAAAAAAAUAACAUGUAAACAUGUCAAUGUACUGUAUUGAUAUAUUAGUAUAUGAAACAGUUAACCAGUCUGCUAGUUACAUGCAGUAUGAUCAAUGCAUGAGCAUCAUCAGAUGAUUUAAAAGAAUAAAUGUAAUUUAAACAUUUAUUAUUAUUAUAUUGCAUUUUCCGCAGUAAAAUUAGUUAAAAAAUUCAAUAAAAUGUGUUGUAUUUUUAACCUUUUUAUUCCUUUAAACUUACUGUAAACGUAAGCCAA